UUGCUUAUACGCAUCAUGAGGUGUCUUUGUUUCGUAUUGCUGUUCGUGGUCCAGGCGGCUUGGGCUCGUGUGCCCUACCAGCCCCAGGCCGAGGAGGUGGAGCUGCCGCCAGUGCUUGAGGACGAGAUCUACGAGCGUGCCAUCUAUGUGGAUCCCGUGUCGGAGAGCCGUGCUGCCGGCUGCAGUGUGACCAUUCGCGGUGGCAUGCCGAAGCCGGAGCCAGUGUGCCUGGAAACCGACUCGGAGAACAUAUAUCCCUUCAACAGCCAGGGCGUCAUCGAGGUGGAGACUGGCAAGAGCCUGCAGCUGUGGUGUCCCAGCGGCUUCACCACUCACUCGCAGAACCUGCUGACGGCCACCUGUGUGAGCGGCACCACCUUUAAGGUGGAUGGCAGCAACUACAACUUCAAGGAUCUGGCCUGCAAGUCCUGGCCCGGCUUCAAGGCCAUCAAGUCGGGCGCCAAAUGCAACGGCGGCAUCGUCAUUCGCGUCGGCUUCCAGAUCACUGCGUCGCGGUUUGCCGAGCAAAUGCAAAUCUGCUUCAACGAGGAGGAGGAGGUGACCCGCUACACGCGCCACCAACUGUUCCCGGGCAGCAACUACUACGAAACCGGCGUGGAUCGCAUCACCUUCCAGACGGCUGGCUACUUCAACGGCAAGAAUGUGGACAAGCUCUACACGCAGGCCACCCAAAUCGAGACGAUCAACCGAGAUCUGGGCGGCGAUGCGGACAGAUUUUUCGACACGAAAACAAAUGUUUUCCUCGCUCGCGGCCAUCUCGGCGCCAAGGCCGACUUUGACUAUGCGCCCGAGCAGCGGGCCACCUUCCUGUUCAUCAAUGCGGCGCCCCAGUGGCAGACCUUCAAUGCGGGCAACUGGGCCAGAGUUGAGGAUGGCGUCCGUGCCUGGGUCUCUAAGAACCGCAUGAAUGUCAACUGCUAUACGGGCGUCUGGGGCGUCACUACGCUGCCCAACAAGCAGGGCGUGGAGACUCCGCUCUACUUGGCUCGCGAUGGCAACAACAACGGCCUCAUCCCCGUGCCUAAGCUCUAUUUCCGUGUGGUCAUCGAGCCCUCCACACAUCGCGGCAUCGUCUUUGUGGGCGUCAACAAUCCCCACUUGACCGAGGCGCAGAUCAGGAAGGACUAUAUCAUUUGCAACGAUGUCAGCGAUCGGGUCAACUACAUCAGCUGGAAGAAGACGGACAUCAAGGCGGGCUGGUCCUAUGCCUGCGAAGUGGCCGACUUCCUCAGGACGGUCAAG